UGAAUUUCACUUUGUAGAUUUGAUGUACGGAGACUAUCAACGACUGAUGGUCUCAUCAUCAAUACCCAGUUCACCAGAUUGGAAAACCAAAAAAAAGCAAUUUCAGUUUCUUAUGCUGAUCUUUGAAAAUUUGCAGAGAUGGUAAUGGCCUCCCCCUUCAAAUUCUCGACUGGGCUUGCUUUUCUUUUCUUCGUUACCUUCUUUCUCAUAUUAACAGAUGGAAAAGAGCCGACUUAUCUUGCCCAUGUCUGCUCCAACAGAACUACUUUCACCACAGACAGUCCUUACCAGGCCAACCUGAAUACUGUCCUGUCUGCUCUCGCAACCAGAGCCUCCUCCGACAGCGGAUUUGGCAACGUCACCGCCGGCCAGAGACCGGACAGUGUCUACGGAUUCUUCCUUUGCCGCGGAGAUGUCAGAGGAGAAGGCUGCAAAGACUGCGUCGUCUUUGCCGCCAAUAACUCACUCAAGCUUUGCCCUGUCGUCAAACAGGCCGUCUUGUACUACGAGCAGUGCCUGCUUCGUUACACAAACAGAGCCCUGUUCUCCAUCAUGGACACCAGCGAUGGAGUUUACCUGUGGGGUUCGCAGGAUGUCUUGGACAACCAAGGGCGGUACGAUGAGCUGGUGGGCACAGUGAUGCGAGCUGCAGUCCGUGAGGCUGCAACUUCUGCCAGGAAGUUGGCGACCAACAAGGCGAAUUACACAAAAUCUCAGACAAUCUACAGCCUUGUCCAGUGCACACCAGACCUGUCUAGUGUAGAAUGCAACCGUUGCCUAAUGGAAAUUAUUAACCAAUUGCCGACUGGGAAGCAAAGUGCAAGAGUGCUGACGCCUAGCUGCACUGCUCGACAUGACUUUUUUGCCUUUUACAACGAGAGCUUGAUUGCAACUCCAGCGGCUGCACCUGCAGUUCUUCCUCCUCAAGCAAGGCCUGAAGGUAAAAGCCACUCAAAGAUAACAAUUGUCGCCAUUACUGCUCCAAUUGCUGUCUGUGCUAUUCUUUUCAUUUUCGCCUAUUGGUUACUGGUUAGGCGUUGGAGACAGGAGUACAAUGCUUUAGAAGAAAAUGCUAAAAGUGACAUUAUGGUGACGGAGGCCUUGCAACUCAAUUUUGCUGCAAUUGAAGCUGCAACAGAUAAAUUUUCAGAAAAUAACAAGUUGGGUGCUGGUGGGUUUGGUGAGGUUUACAAGGGUGUACUUCCAAAUGGACAAGAAAUAGCGGUGAAGAGAUUAUCAAAACGAUCAUGUCAAGGUGCAGAAGAAUUUAAGAAUGAGGUUCUAUUGGUUGCCAAGCUUCAACAUAGAAAUCUAGUGAGGUUCCUGGGAUUCUGCUUGGAAGGAGGGGAAAAAAUACUAGUCUAUGAGUUUGUCCCCAACAGAAGCCUUGACAAUUUCUUAUUCGACUCUGAAAAGCGAGAACAGUUAGAUUGGUCAAGACGUUACAAUUUAAUCAUUGGGAUUGCUCGAGCCAUUCUUUAUCUUCAUGAGGAAUCUCAGCUUAAAGUUAUUCAUCGCGAUCUCAAGGCUAGCAAUAUAUUGUUAGAUGGAAAAAUGAAUCCGAAGAUUUCAGAUUUUGGCAUUGCAAGAAUUUUUGGAGCUGAUCAAACUCAAGCAAACACUAAGAGAAUCAUAGGAACCUAUGGUUACAUGCCUCCGGAGUAUGCAAUGCAUGGGAGAUUCUCCAUGAAAUCUGAUAUAUAUAGUUUCGGAGUUUUAAUUUUAGAGAUUAUUAGUGGAAAGAACAAUACCAAUUUCUACCAGACAGAUGGCUCUGAGGAUCUGCCAAGUUAUGCAUGGAAACUAUGGAGGAAGGGUACGCCACUGGAAUUUUUGGAUUCUAUGUUGGGAGAUUCGUAUUCCAGAAAUGAAGUCGUGAGGUGCAUUCAUAUUGGGCUGUUGUGUCUUCAGGAAGAUCCUGGUGAUAGACCCUCAAUAGCAACAAUAGUUCUUGUGCUUAACAGUUAUUCUGUUUCUCUACCAAAUCCAAAACAGCCAGCAUUUGUCCUUCGAAGUAAAGGUGAUUCAACCAUGCCGAUCAAGACACUAGAUUCGUCUGAAUCUACAGGCCCGUACCCAUUCUUGCUGUCAUCAAAUGGCUGGUCAGUUAAUGAAGUGUCAAUCACAGAAAUCGAUCCUCGUUAAAGCGCUGAAGCUUUAUUCUUAACAAGUAUUAACUGGGAAAGAGAUUCAUAUUUUUCAGAAGAGUUAGCAAGUUUACUCAUAGGCUGAAUUUAGCUCUCUUUUAUAAAUGCAGUUAAAGACAAUAUUGCUAGAAGUUGUUUUGAAUCUGCAAGCAAGUUUACUCGUAGGCUGCAUUUAGCUCUGUUUUGUAAAUGCAGUUAAAGACAAUUUUGUGAAUCUACAAGAAGACUCAGAUUGCCGAGUUCAGUGCAUUUUACUAGGAAUUGUCUUGAUCUAUAGAGAUCACUCAGAAACAUCGUAAGUAGUGUUUGUUUGGAGUGUUAUACCAAGUAGGUGCUCAAUAAAUUAUUGUAUGAACUAA